CCCCCCGCGCCUCCUCCCCUCUCCAAGAUGGCGGCGCCGGCGGGUGCCUGAGAGGGAGGCUGUCGCCGCGCGGAGGAAGUGAGGUCCCGGCCGCUGCCGGGAGAGGAAGACGAGACGCCUCCGCCCCGAGCCCCUCUCGCUGCCCAGCCCGCCCUUCCCUCGGCCCUCCAGGACGAUGGUAAAAUGACCCAGGCGGGGAAGAAGAAGAAAAGGGCCGCCAACCGCAGCAUCCUGCUGGCCAAGAAGAUCAUCAUUAAGGACGGCGGCACGCCUCAAGGAAUAGGCUCACCUAGUGUCUAUCAUGCUGUGAUAGUAAUAUUUUUGGAAUUCUUUGCAUGGGGGCUUCUGACAGCACCUACCUUAGUGGUUUUGCACGAAACCUUCCCCAAACAUACAUUUUUAAUGAAUGGCCUAAUCCAAGGUGUAAAGGGCUUACUGUCUUUCCUGAGCGCCCCUCUGAUCGGGGCUCUGUCUGACGUUUGGGGCCGAAAAUCCUUCCUGCUGCUAACAGUAUUUUUUACCUGUGCACCAAUUCCACUAAUGAAGAUCAGUCCAUGGUGGUACUUUGCUGUUAUAUCUGUCUCUGGAGUCUUUGCAGUGACCUUUUCAGUGGUGUUUGCUUAUGUAGCAGAUAUAACCCAAGAACAUGAAAGGAGCAUGGCGUAUGGCUUGGUUUCGGCAACUUUUGCUGCGAGUUUAGUUACCAGUCCUGCCAUUGGUGCCUACCUUGGUCGUGUGUACGGAGACAGCCUGGUUGUGGUCCUAGCUACAGCUAUUGCAUUGUUGGAUAUUUGCUUUAUCCUUGUUGCUGUACCUGAAUCAUUGCCAGAAAAGAUGAGGCCUGCGUCGUGGGGAGCACCCAUUUCUUGGGAACAAGCUGACCCAUUUGCGUCAUUGAAGAAAGUUGGUCAGGAUUCCAUAGUGCUGCUAAUCUGCAUAACAGUCUUUCUCUCAUACCUCCCUGAGGCAGGACAGUAUUCCAGCUUUUUCUUGUACCUCAGACAAAUAAUGAGAUUUUCACCAGAAAGUGUUGCAGCAUUUAUAGCAGUCCUUGGGAUUCUCUCCAUUGUUGCCCAGACAAUAGUUUUGAGUUUACUUAUGAGGUCAAUUGGAAACAAAAACACCAUCCUGUUGGGCCUGGGAUUUCAAAUACUGCAGCUUGCGUGGUAUGGCUUUGGCUCAGAACCUUGGAUGAUGUGGGCAGCAGGGGCUGUUGCUGCCAUGUCUAGCAUCACGUUUCCAGCCGUCAGUGCACUUGUUUCGCGAACUGCUGAUGCUGAUCAACAGGGUGUCGUACAAGGAAUGAUAACAGGAAUAAGAGGCCUUUGCAAUGGCUUGGGACCAGCACUUUAUGGUUUUAUAUUCUACAUUUUCCAUGUAGAAUUGAAUGAAAUUCCAGUGACUCAGAAUGAUCUGGGAGACAAUGUAGCCACACAGCACCAUUCACAGCAGAACUCCAUCAUUCCUGGUCCCCCAUUCCUAUUUGGAGCAUGCUCUGUAUUACUGGCUCUGCUUGUUGCCUUGUUUAUUCCUGAACACACCAACUUAAAUGGUCGGUCAAGCAACUGGAAAAAGCACUGCGGUGGCCACGGUCACCCGCACAGUCCACAGGCCCCUGGAGAGGCCAAGGAACCUUUAUUACAAGACACAAAUGUAUGACAACAAAACUCGAGGACUCCUAGAGCGAGUUUCUUACUCCCCCCCCCCACCUACAGUUCUGGAUGCACAUUCCAUUUCCAUUGAAAGUGUCGUUUCUUAAGGUGGUCUUAAGAAAUUUUAUCUCUUUGCAUGAAAAUUGUAAGAACCACAAACAGGAAGUGGAAAACCCUCCAAAGAAGUUACAACUUAAAUUAUUUGAUUUUUGAUUUUUUUUUUAACCCUCUAGGAUUUUUUGCCAUAAUGUCCUAGUGAAAAAAAACUUAUUAAAUCUUUACAUCUUAAUUUUGAAACUAAAUUAUAUAUAUUCAAGGUAUCGGCAUGUGUUCUUGCAUCAGUUUCUGGAAGGUGUUAAGCUUUAUUCUCUUCAUGUUGGUCUCAAUGAGACAUACUAGCAGGACUUGGGUACCCAUUUAUUUUAACAGUAAAAUCUUGGGUCAGACAAAUUCAAAGCCUUAAUGCAGAUGCACUAAAUGCAGAAAAGUGAACUGGGUUGACUUUGGACUGGCAAAUCAGUGUCUGGCAGGCUUUCCUUAUUUUUACUAACACAAUCAUGUGUUGAACACACAUCCUGAACAGUACACACUCCUUUAAGUGCAUUAUUCUGCUAAUUAUUUCAUUCUUUUAAUUAAGUAUAUAUCAGUAUGUAGUACUUAAAACUAGUGGGUAGCGUGAGCCUAAAAGAUUUUAUUACUGGCUCCAGAACUCUACCUUCCUAAAUACAAUUUGAUACCACUAUGCUUUGGAUGUUUUGCAUAAGGACCUCAACACUUGAACACACAAACUCAACUCUAAGCUGAUAGCCUUGAAGAUGUUGGUGUGGUCUAUACUGGAUUGCCACUUCUGUUACUGGUCAGCGACGGUAGCUUUUUAAGUACAGAGCUAAAGCCAAAUGGCAGUUGAUCUGCCUUCUCUGGCUCUGUUGUUAUUUGUGAAUGAAGUCUGCAGAGAGAGAGAGAGAGAGUGGCGAUUGGUAAGUAGCCCUGCCUAGUAAUAGAGGUGGCAAACCUUGUGCUAUAGUGGCCUUUCAGGACUGUCACAAGUAACACUUCAGAGCCAAGGAUUAGUCCUGCCGUUUCAGGACCACAGUACAGGAGAGAGCUUUAUACAAUUACUGAUGUGAAUUUCUCUAAAAAAUGUAUAUUUUUGUGUCCGGUUGUAUUAUUUAAGUGUUCCUUUGUAUAAAACGUGUAUAAAGUAUUGUAUAGUUCAAAAUGUU